AUGGAAGCAUCCAAAUUCUGGCCACUCAAGAACUUUUGUGAUUCUGAGAAGUUGAUAAGAGUUCUGUUCGAUCUAGCUAGGCAUCACGCACCUUCAACGAUAUUUCUUGAUGAAAUAGAUGCAAUCAUAAGCCAACGUGGUGGUGAAGGCCGCAGUGAACAUGAAGCAAGCAGGCGUCUCAAAACCGAGCUUCUCAUUCAGAUGGAUGGGUUACAGAAAACGAAUGAGCUUGUGUUUGUUUUAGCAGCAACAAAUCUCCCCUGGGAACUAGAUGCAGCUAUGCUCCGGCGUCUAGAGAAAAGAAUUCUUGUACCUUUACCGGAUCCGGAAGCAAGAAGAGGAAUGUUCGAGAUGCUCUUGCCGUCACAACCAGGCGAUGAGCCAUUGCCUCAUGAUGUGCUGGUUGAGAAAUCUGAGGGUUACUCUGGUUCGGACAUUCGAAUACUUUGUAAGGAAGCUGCGAUGCAACCAUUAAGACGCACACUAGCUAUUUUAGAAGACAGAGAAGAUAUUGUGCCUGAAGAGGAGUUGCCAAAAAUUGGUCCCAUCCUACCAGAAGAUAUUGAUCGAGCUCUGAGCAACACUCGACCAUCCGCUCAUCUGCACGCCCAUCUUUACGACAAGUUCAAUGAUGAUUAUGGUAGCCAAAUUCUUAAGUAAAUUCGAUAAACAUAUAUACAAUAUUUGUAUGGAAGCAUCCAAAUUCUGGCCACUCAAGAACUUUUGUUUGCUUUGAACUUAAGAAUAAAAGCUCGUCGUUGUUUUGUUUGCUUCA